GUAUUUCAACGCUUUAAUCACAAUUGAUAUGCAAUGCAAACGAUUGUCACAAACACCUGAUUCAGACCUUCUUCUGCCCAUUGAAGUGAUGAUAACUCCGCUUAAGAAGCGAUUUCAAUACCAUUUCAUGGAAACCAAAAGCAAACUCAAUAGACUUGAAAAGCCCGAAUGGUAUUUAUCGCAAACUCUGGUAUGGAUUCGACAAAACGAGACAUUCUUAUCACAAACUAUUGAUCCAUUGCUAAGAAGCCAUUCGAGUCAAUUGGUUCCAUCGAAACUGCAAUUGAUUAGUGGUUUGAUUGAAUGCCUGACCGCUAAACUCAAACACGAUUUGCCUUCACUUGUCUUCGAUGACAAACUCUUCACGCAUACCGUCGAUGAAGUGUUGGUCUUUAGUCGCGAGCUCUUAGACAUUGAGCCCAAUAUAUAUCAAGUGUUUCCGAAUUGCAAUCUAAUGAAUGUCUUCUCUUGUGAGCCAUUCUUCACACGAAUCAUAACUCUGGAGAAGAAGAAAUCGACAGAAUUUGUUGAAUUGAUUGUCUCAUCGAAGAGCGCAUGGAAUGAGAUGUGUGGCCACGAAGGCAUCGAUGAGUUGCGGAUCUGUGAGUGCGGCGACAACUUUGUGCUAAUGCUUCAGUCCAUAACCAACCGGUGCUCUCUGUUUACGGAUAACUCACUGAAGUACUCAUUCGUGAGAUUACAACUCGAUAUAUUGGAUGACUUCCGACUGCGACUCAUCCAAUUGAUCCACACGAGUGACCAGUCGUGGCCGCACUCUCAGCAGUACUUCGCUAUUAUUAAUACAUUUAAUUACUUGAUUGUAGUCUUAAAUGAGUGGAAGAUUUUGCCAUUUUUUGUGCAAAUAUCAGAAACAUAUUCACCGAAUGAGACGGUCUUUGACCCAAUUAUAGGACUGUUUCAACACGUGUUGAAUGAAUUCAUUCUCCAAAUAAAAACUUUAUUUUUAAGUGAAUUUCGAGAUAAACUACAGGCAUAUCAGUCGACCAAAUGGUUUUGUCUUAAAUCUAUAGACAACUGCCUGAGUCCUAAUGCCUCGCAAUUAUUGCACUUUAUAUCUACAAACUUAGUCUCAUUGCAAAAAUCUUUAUCAAACACUUUAUUCGACACCAUUUUACACGAAAUGGCGGAUCAGAUAAAUCGAAGUUUACUGGAAGAUGUGAUUCUCAAGAACUCAUUCAAUGAAUUUGGUGCCAAACAAAUGGAUUACGACAUAUCGGUUGGAUUGCUGUCUGUUUUCAGACUAUAUAUAACGAGACCUCAACUCCAUUUCGCAACACUUAAUGAAGCGCUAAAACUACUGAACCUCGAGAGAGGCACUCAUCUGCUCCUCAAAGACAUUCUGGUCGACGACCGCAAUAACACCGACGCGAAGGUAGCCCUCAAAGAGAUGCACAUCUCCUCUAUAUCUCCACAUUUGGCGCUAAAU